CCAAAUCGUCAUUCUACGAUCAGUCCACCUGAGCGACCUGCAUUCUACCUUUGGUAGGUGAGCUGGCUCAACCACAGCCAUAUCCACUACGUAUAUGUUCCGUCGGCUGUGUACCACUGUCCACCCCUCGUCAACCUAAGCUGCGGGGCAACCAACCUGCCCAGCCUUGCCUGCCCAGCCUUGCCUGCCCUGCUUGCUCUUCAAACGCCUCAACCUUGUAUCCAGAUCGAUCCAUCCACGCCACGUCCAACACAAUGCCCAAAGCUCCACUGCGCAAGGGUUUACUCCUCCCCGUCGGGGAGAUCCCGGCGGAUUCAAUCCAUCCCGAUCCGACCAUCUCCAUAUCCAAGAAGGAACUCAAAACGGUCACGUCGUAUAAUCUCCUCCCGAAGCGCGAGAAUACUAUGGUUGUUCCUGGCACCCCCGCAAUCUGGAAACCAGCCACCACACCCCGCAAACUCAACCCCGACGCCGGGAAAUACAUCCUAGAUCCAAAUGCUCUCGUCUUCCCCAAGUGCGUCCUGGAGCCGCUCCUCAGAGCCAUCCCGGUCACGCAACCCCGGAUGAAACUCAACGAUAUCGAUCUGAUCAGUGACCGACGCAAUCUCCGACUCCUAUUAGCCUUCGCAAGCGGUAGCAAAAAGGAAUUCCGGAUCGAUGUGGAGGUGGUCGAGUCAACGGUCUUACUCUCCACCUGGACAACCAGCAAGAUCAACUUCAUCAGCCAGUUCCAGGGAUACGGACAUGAAUUCGAGCGCGUUUCGACGUGGAAGCCACGCUAUAUCCAAAAGAGCAUCAUCCAUGCCCGGGCGGUGAGUUAUACCCUCGGGGGCAUCAAGAUCCUGCUGCGCUUUGAAGUGGAUGCGUGCAAACCGGGCAAGAAACAUAACAGCAAUGGGGAAAGCCCUCGGACCAAAGCGCCGACGGGCAUUGAGGUGGUGAAGGAAGGGACCUUGGUAGGGCCGCCGCGCAUCGUGGAGAUUAAGACGGGGCCUGUGGGGAAGAGGUUGGAUAGUACCCAGACGCUGUCGCAGAUGUGGUUCUCGCAGACCCCGAUCUUGUGUACAUGGAAUUAUCAGGAGGAUGGGACGUUUCUUCCCGCUGAGGAGAGGAAUAUGGAGAAGGAGGGGAGGCUGGCUAAGUGGGAAGAGGAUAACAAGGAGAAGAUUCAAAAGCUGGUCUGUCUGAUGGAAAAGAUCUUUGAGAUUGUGAGGUGUGUGCCGCAUAAGUGUGCGUUGGUUCAUGAAGGCGACAACAUCUUGAAGGUAUAUCAGGAUGCAAAUCCAGGUCAUAAGGGGGUUCCGGAGGAUCUUCUGGCCAUGUGGAAUAUACCAGGGGUAUAAUCUAUCUU